AUGGCUCAACUUGAUGUCGACAGUUUGAUGUCUCGUCUACUAAAUGUGGGUAUGGCUGGAGGACGAUUGACCACGUCGGUAUCGGAGCAAGAACUGCAGCAGUGUUGCUUCGUUGCUAGACAAGUAUUCAUUAGUCAACCAUACAUCUAUGACAUGGUCUCCUUCGCAAUAUACAGACCUUCUCUAGUACUCGGAUUUACUACAGACGAACUACCUCUUUCUUGGAGAUUACAAUAUCGAAACUAUAUGUCUCAUAUUCUGCAAAACAACUGUUUCAGGUAUCCUGAGAGUUUCCUUAUGCUUCGUGGAAACCACGAAUGUCCGGCCAUCAAUCGUGUCUAUGGUUUCUAUGAGGAAUGUAACCGUAGAUACAAAAGCUCUCGCUUGUGGAGCUCAUUUCAGGAUACGUUCAACUGGAUGCCACUCUGCGGUCUUAUUGCCGGACGAAUCCUUUGUAUGCAUGGUGGACUGUCUCCGCAACUGACCGCCAUUGACCAACUGAGAAAUCUACCACGUCCUCAAGAUCCUCCCAAUCCGUCAAUGGGAAUCGACCUACUCUGGGCCGAUCCCGACCAAUGGGUGAAGGGAUGGCAGGCAAACACACGAGGGGUGUCCUAUGUGUUUGGUCAAGAUGUCGUCAUAGACAUGUGUCAGAAAUUGAACCUUGACCUCAUUGCUCGCGCCCAUCAGGUAGUGCAAGAUGGCUACGAGUUCUUUGCCUCAAAAAAGAUGGUGACCAUAUUUUCGGCUCCACACUACUGUGGACAGUUCGACAAUUUUGCUGCGACAAUGAAGGUGAAUGAGGACCUGGUCUGUAACUUCUCGAUGUACAAGCCAACCGCAAAAGCGGCACGUAUAGCAGCUGGCAAUGGCUAA